CCUUCCUCCUAUAUGAAUCAGAAACUCUAUCUCUCAGAUCCAGUUCUCACCGCAGCAGCGGAACCAAAUCUCUCUCUUGCAUCUCUCCUCCCUCAAGAGUCACAAUAUCUUGUUUUCUAUCUCUCAACAAAAUUCGUAUUCGAUCACAGAUCUUCAACAAACAGGUUAAAUUAGUGUAAUUUGUUAAGAUGGGAGGUGGUUUUAGAGUGCUUCACUUAGUUAGACCGUUUCUAUCAUUCCUUCCCGAAGUUCAGACUGCUGACAGGAAAGUGCCAUUUAGAGAGAAGGUCAUUUAUACUGUGAUCUCCCUGUUCAUUUUUCUGGUUUGUAGUCAGCUUCCUCUGUAUGGAAUACACUCAACAACAGGCGCUGAUCCAUUCUAUUGGAUGCGUGUUAUCCUAGCUUCAAACCGUGGAACUGUUAUGGAGCUCGGAAUCACCCCCAUUGUGACUUCUGGACUGGUAAUGCAACUUUUGGCUGGGUCAAAGAUCAUUGAAGUGGACAACAAUGUACGGGAGGAUCGUGCUCUCUUAAAUGGUGCACAGAAGCUACUUGGCAUUUUGAUUGCUGUUGGAGAGGCUGUAGCCUAUGUUCUUUCUGGGAUGUAUGGUAGUGUGGGCCAACUUGGAGUGGGAAAUGCCAUCCUCAUCAUCCUCCAGCUCUUUUUUGCGGGUAUCAUUGUCAUAUGUUUAGAUGAGCUCCUUCAAAAAGGUUAUGGUUUGGGAUCUGGAAUUUCUCUUUUCAUUGCCACUAAUAUCUGUGAAAACAUUAUAUGGAAGGCAUUUAGUCCCACAACCAUUAAUAGUGGUCGGGGAGCUGAGUUUGAGGGUGCUGUUAUUGCUCUAUUCCAUUUGUUGAUAACUAGAACAGAUAAGGUCCGUGCACUUCGAGAGGCAUUUUACCGGCAGAAUCUUCCCAAUGUCACAAAUCUGCUGGCCACUGUCUUGAUCUUCCUAAUUGUGAUAUACUUCCAAGGUUUCCGCGUGGUUUUGCCUGUAAGGUCAAAGAAUGCUCGUGGACAGCAGGGUUCAUAUCCAAUCAAACUGUUUUACACCUCCAACAUGCCCAUUAUUCUUCAGUCUGCCCUCGUUUCCAAUCUCUACUUCAUUUCCCAGCUGCUACACAGAAAGUACAGUGGAAACUUCAUUGUGAAUCUGUUGGGCAAAUGGAAGGAAUCUGAAUAUGGAGGUGGUCACUCUAUUCCUGUUGGUGGCAUUGCAUACUAUAUAACUGCACCAUCCAGCUUAGCUGAUAUGGCAGCCAAUCCUUUCCAUGCACUGUUCUAUCUUGUGUUUAUGUUGUCAGCCUGUGCCUUGUUCUCUAAAACUUGGAUUGAAGUCUCUGGUUCAUCUGCUAGAGAUGUUGCCAAACAGUUGAAGGAACAACAAAUGGUAAUGCCUGGCCAUCGGGAGUCGAACUUGCAGAAAGAGCUGAACCGAUACAUUCCCACUGCUGCAGCAUUUGGAGGAAUAUGCAUUGGUGCCCUGACAGUAUUGGCAGAUUUCAUGGGGGCAAUUGGUUCAGGGACUGGAAUAUUACUUGCAGUAACAAUCAUCUAUCAGUACUUUGAGACGUUUGAGAAGGAGAGAGCCAGCGAGCUUGGUUUCUUUGGUUUCUAAGCUCUGCUCAGUUAUCACUGUUGGUGACGCAAUCGGGAUAAAUCCCACACCCACAGUUUUUGAGUAUUGAGGAAUGAUUGUAGGUACUUUAACACAGUAAGGAAGAACGUAGAUUAGCUUGCUAUCCCUUUUUUCUCAAGUGGGGAAGUACCAACUAGUAUAUCAUUGUAAACUUUUUUGCCUUUUCUCUGGAAAUAUUUGUGUUAAUUUAACGUCAAAGUUAGACACCAUGGGUUAAAAGUGAAUUUGAUUGAUCUGUGCGUACUUUUAGAAAUU